AAAAGCUGUGGAGCUGAUGGGAGUUGAAUUUUUACAGCUUGGCCCGAAUAAACUAGCCAAACUACCUUUGCAAAUGCGAUCGUACCACGCUCAAGCUCUUCGUGGGUUUGAUUUGAACCGCCAGCGCAGUGGUUAUGGUGGGUUAUUCAGUUACCUGGCUUUCGUUUGCAUGAAUGGUCGUGCGUGUUCCUUGAAAGAGGAGUUAAAAAUGCUACAACCACGUAUAACACGGAUGGUCAAAUACUUCGAGGAUAACUUCAACACAUUGAAACCUGACUGCAGCACCAAUAUGUACGCGAAGCAACCUGAUUCCAUUUCUCAGAAAUUUCACAUAUUAUCAAAAGAUAAAAUACUGAGCCUAACUUUGUUAGCCACGUUUUUCUUGUCUAUAGUACAAUUUGGAGCUGCCCAAACUGUUGAUGAACCUUACGUAGUGAAUCCAACACCAACAUUGCCGGUAGUGGGCGCUGAUGAUACUCCAACUUACUUAGAUACAAAAAACGCUGCCCAAAACUUGCAAGCGUCAAGUCAGGUUAAAUUUAAACCAGCAGAAGAUCGAGUCGAAAAGGAAGAACAUGUGACCUUAGUCAUGGAUGUGCGGUCAAUUAGCGUUAAUGGAAACCAGCAAGUCAUUUUAAACCAAAAAGAUCCGGUGGACGACCAAGUGAGUUCGGAAAGUAACACCGAUGAGAUAAUACCAUCAGCUACUCUGCUUCUUCAAACAAGCUUUACGACGUUUACCUUCUACACAACUAUGUAUGUCGGUGAUGUAAUAAACGUUAUCAGUCGCCUUGAAACAGUUACUAACGUUGCAACUGAAACGCUAAAACCUACAAAAAUGUUUGGCGCAGAGGAAGCAACCUUCCCUGUUACCUAUUUUACGACAUUUACCUACUGGACUAAGCUAGCUAAAGAUGGUGAGAUUACUACACUAAGCAGAGAAGAAACAUUAUCAAAUGUAAUUGAACCGACAAAUCAUGCGUCGAUUCCUGAGGACGAAACAUUACGGACGGCAGCUAAUUCUUAUAGCUCCCUAGAUCCGAGCGACGAUGGUAACCAGCAUCUUCGCAUAACGGAUACAGAUACGGAAAGUAUUGUCACUUCCGGGAUGACUAAUACGAGCUUACGAUCUGACUUAACCACUUAUUACACCACAUAUACGUACUAUACCACAUCAUAUGAAGUUAAUGAGACAAUUACAAAAUCACGUUUUGAAACAGUGACUAACGUGGUGACACCGACGGAUGUUACAACAUCGACGGCAGAAACAAUAUCGAAAACACCAGCGAUAGCCCAGCCAAGCGAACUCUUGACAACAAGUCUAAAUAAUAUAAUAAACAGUAGAUCUGCAUUGGUUUUGUUUGACUAUAAACAUAUUGUUGAUGCGGACGAAGUAAGUACAUUGUAUUUUACAACUGAAGUGGCAUCAGCGAUUGACAGCGAGGGAAUUGAAAUAGAAAUAACAAGUAGUACAUCAAGCUUGCACGUUGAUGAAAUGAAAAAGUCUAGUUUAGCUAUAAUGAUAUUAAACGAUGAUAGCUUAUCUAGCUCUAAGCCGUUCAAGACUGGUCUGGUACGGCUUAUUGAAGGUACACGAAUCGGAAACGGUACAACUACUUUAUACCAGUCUAAGGUCAUUGGAACUGUAAUAGAUAAUCGAUACGCGCAGAUUAUUGAAAGUACGUCUAGCUUUCUCUUUGAGAAAAAAACUGAAGAUGCAGCGCUGUUGCCAACGUCUGUCAUAGUAUCGGCUAUGCCAUCACAAACAGGAAAUUUGCAUGUCAACGCGGAUUCUAAUAUCGAGCAAGAAGACGAACCAACUACAACAGGAGAUAUCGAUGAUGAAAAUGGCUCGAAAGCUUUGGACCCAUCUCAAACAUCAAAGCGCACAUUUGCCCCCGUGAUAAGACCAUUUGCUUCACGAAAUAGGCCUAAUUUCGCUCCAAAACAAAAAACAUUAAGUCCAAGUAGUGCUACUAUUAUAACAAGGUCAGAUAUAACACCAACCAUUACGGCAACUCCUGCCCUAAAAACAUCCGGCAGAUAUAGCUCAUCAAGACGAGGCGUUAUUUCAAACGCACCAAUAAAUCAAAAUGAAUUGGGAUUCCCACAGUCGUCCCGACGCACUUUUGGCCGGCCGAUAAAGUCAUCGAGUAGCUCUGUACUAAACGAACUGGGCGUCAGCCCCCAGUCAAAUGCUGCAUUCGUACCCCCCAGAAAUCGAUUUGCAUCUUCUUCACGUCCGACACAAACUGUAACUAGCAGAAAACAAAAUAUAAAUGCUUCGUAUCGUCCAUCUAACAGCCCAGGUUUUCGUGCUUCCGGAAUAUUGGUUGGAAAUUCAAAAUUUCGCGUUAAGCCAACUGUCUCUGGAUCAUCAGCGAAUGAGCGGACGACAACAAAAACAGUAUCAAAAGAAUUUAGUUCAGAUAGCAGUGUUGAAGAUGACAACUCCACUGACGAAUUGGUACAGAUUAGUGACGAAGAAGAAAGCACAAGACGCAAUCAGAACCCAUUGUUGCGACUCCGACGACCGAUUAAUAGGCCAAGCGGGUUUGCACCUGUGCCACGUUCGAGUGUCAACAGCUCUGCUGUCAUUUCACUUAGAAGAAACCCAUUGUCAGCCCGAGCAAAGACAACAUCUACUACCACUACCACCACAACGACUGCUAAGCCCCGAACUCGCAGUUUUCAGAGGCCAACAAUUUCUAGCCUUCAGGCACGUUCCAGGCCACAAAAUAGUCUCUUUCCGCCCCGUGGGCUUUUCCAGACGCAGCAAAGAGAUGAAAAUCAGAAAGAAAUAAAGAAAAACGAAAAUGAAUCCGAAAAUAUUUCCGAAUAUGAUGAUGACGAUGAUGCCGAUGAUGAUGGGGAAGAUGACGUAUUAGACGAAGUCAAUCGUAGCAGACGGUCGAAUUCUAAAUCGCAAAAAGGUAAAAGUCUUUCCCGGGUGCGACGGCAAGCAGAUGCUUUUAAUAGGAGCCGAUUUAGAUUUCGGCGACCAAACUUAUCAACGAUGUCUCCACUGGAAGACCCAAGCAUUUCAAAUACUGACGAUUUAAAUGAAACCACAGCGAGUUCUCGCGUUAAAACCAAUUCUCGAUUCGGGUCUAGGUUUCCUUCACCACGUGGCCAACAGGCACAUAGUCAGAAAUCACAGCCAAGUUCCAGCGCUGUGGCAAAUCAUCGAACUAUUCGUCCAACAAGGCCAACUACGCCGCGAACCCAGUUUACCCUAAGAGAGAAAGAUGCAACUUUAAAUGGCGCUAAACGUUCAGGCACACCAUCAAAUUUUCGACGUCAACCAUCAACCGGAAGUCCUUCUAUAAGACGCACUAUAGGUACUGGAACUGGCACCAGUCGUAGACUAAAGAGCUACAGUGGUCCUAAUGUAAACAAUAAUGCUGACAACGGGCGGUUAGUAGGUACGUCUCGAUCCAGAAAUGGAAACUCAAAUGGUUUAAAUAGAGGAAGAGGGUCUGUGCGUGGUCGAAAUAGAAAUGAAUAUGUUCCAGAUUUGCAGAUAAUAGAAAUGGGUAGUCAAACUAUCACGGUUACUCAUCUUAUACCAGCCGAGGUCACGGUGCCUGUUAUAAAUGGCCAAAUAACAGAAUAUAAGAAUAUAGUGACUGCGAAGACCAGCACCGAGGUGCUCGGACCAAAUCAAUACACGGAGAUUUUGGGAACGAACGGCCAAACUUCGAAAUAUCUUACGCGAGAAGAAUCCAGUAUUAACAAUGCAGGAGUUACAGAGCUAACGAGAUAUCUGUUGCAUGACUCUCUAACAACAACAGUAACUUUUACACCUACCACUAUCCGCGGGCGAAAGACAUCCUUCUCCCACAUACUUCCGUCUACCGUGUACUCUGUAGAGCAUCUUGUAUCGACAGUACAACCUCAAAUAUCUGCUAACGCUCCACUCGCGAAUAUAUUGCUUUCUCAGUUGCUUUUGGGCAAUCUUAAUUUGCCGGCCAAUCCUUUAAUUGGUGCGCUUGGACAGCAACAAAGUGCGAUAUCAGCUAUAGUGUCCACAUCAGUUGAGCCAGUCACCGAGUACCGCACUCACACCUCCACAUAUGUAACUACCAUCUUCGAUGGAAAGUCUACUAUACUCCCACUGACAUUUCAGGGGAAAAAGAUUUUGACUACUGUCUACGAUACUACCGCACAAACUAUAACAGCUACGGAAUACAGUGUAGAUACUAUAGUGAACACACCUAUAAUUCCUCAAAAUGUAAAGUCACAUGGACCUGCAGCGCAGGUAAACAGUUUAUUGUUGCAGCAGUUGCUUCUUCAGCAACAGCAAGAGCCAUUUUCGGUGCCUCAGGGCUUAUCCCAUACUCAAUCCCCACAAUUACUUUUGAGUGAGAACCUGCAGGAUUUGGACGACGCUGCCCGGACAGCAACACAAGUUGAUGAUAUUGACGAUGAGAUUGUGCCAAUUAACAGUGAAAUGCAGACUACGAAAAUCAAUCGCAAGAAGUCCCGAAAGACGAGCAAGGGACACAAACGAAGUAAGCAACAGAAAUUGGAUAAUCCGCUGGAGGACACUAGCGUCGUGACACUCUACGUAUCGGGCCGUAGGCCCGGGGAAUUUAGCACUGUGUUGUCAACCGUGCAGAAUGGCUACGAUCAUUCGGCUGCCUUGCAAAAGAGACAAGCUCAUUCACAAAUACGACAAACGGUAACUUUGGGAGAGAAGGAAGUUAAUGAUAUGUACGACACCGAAGAGAGUCGAAAUGUCAUAUUAUUUAUAUCACCAAAACAAGAUCACCCUCAGCUCGAUAAAAACACUCUUGACACAUUUUUUGAUAUAUAUCAUGGGGUUGGCUCAACAGAGGUUUUCGGUGACAAUGUAAAGGGUCGAACUGCAUCAUUAGAGAGCAUUGUAGGUGACGUAGACCUUUGGUACUCUAAGUCUUCCAGUCAAUCGAUGAUUCUGGCCUCGAAAACAGAUUCUGUGGCGAUUGAUAAAAGUAAUUUUAAUUUUUUAGCGUAAAGGACCUCACUGAGCUACAGUCCCCGCUACAGUUGCAGGUCAGAAACCUAUAUUCUGUAAUAGUUCAUCCCCAGAAACUUCCUUCCAUUUCCAUUUCCUUAGAUGGCAUAAAAAUGAACAAUCAUAGAACAAGACGUGAAACUCAUACCAGCUUAUCCAUCAUUAAUUCUGAUACAUUUAAAAAUGUGACUAAUCGCUACUUACGAAAGGUACUUGUUCGCCGUAAACCGUUGGAAGAAUUGCAAUCACUAGUCAAUAAAACAACAAAUGCAAAAGGCAGUCCUCUUCCACAGUCGUAUACAUCCCCGACUAUUUUUCCAAAGAAUUUUCGGGUUGUAAUAUUGAAGCGUAGAAUACCAGAUAAACAAACAUUUGCCUUUGAAAAAACAGGCAAUCCCCAAAUUGUUCUAGGGGAUGUUUCACUGACUUCCGUUAGGAAGGGAAAAUCGCAGAAAGAAAAUAUUUUUACCAAACAUAUAGGGUAUAAAUCACUGGGAAAUCAAGACAAAAAUUAUGACCAGGUCCAGCCAAUUCUAUUAGCUCAUCCAGAAAGAAAGAACCCCAAGGACGUGUAUGAUCUAUCGACUAUUACCACAACAAGAACGGAAGUAAUUACACGCACUUUUACAUACGUCGUUGAUCGCGUACAAAACAACCAACACGAAGUACAGACGCACUCUACAUUUACACAAGUUACUACCAAAACCUUCGAUAUCACACUGACAAUCUCAUCCAGCCGACCUACUAAUUUUUCAGUUAUGCCCACAAUAUAACAUUUAUUGGCUACACACUCGUAUAUAAGCAAAUGUACAUACUUUAUUAAAUUUGUCUUUUGUUAUUUUUGUAAUUUUUUGUGUCUAGACUUACGAUUAAAAUGAAAUAAAAAAUACGAAGUUCAAUCCUAAGGAAAAAAAGAUUUGUUAAUAUUUCAAGAGCCACUUUAAUUUACACAACAGGGCUUCUUCCUGAGGAUUUACUUUGGAUUUGGUGUCUCCUGUUCUGGAGUUAAUGACAGGGAAACUAAAUAAAAAAUUACCCCUUUUGAAGAUUGUUAAUUUAAAUUAAAAUUUCUGAAUUUGAUAAACCAUAACGAUAUGAGGUAGCUUUUGCUAAUUAUCACAAAAUUAUGUUGUAUAGAA